AUGUCCGAGGACUCAUCCACCACUGGCGUCGCGACUCCGGUGUCUGCACAGAUGAGCAACUUAGCCCUGCACCUGAAUGAAUAUUCCCCCCAGUCGGAGCGGGACGACCGCAAGCUGUUUGGGCUCAACUGGGGAAUUCCAGAUGCAUUCUUACUCCCCAACGGAUAUCCAGAUUAUCUUCGGCUCAUCUUAACCUCCCGAGUCUACGAUGUGAUCGAGGAAACUCCCCUCCACCAUGCCGUCAACCUCAGCAAUCGUCUAGAAUGUCGGGUACUGUUGAAGCGGGAGGAUUUACUCCCUGUCUUCAGUUUCAAGCUUCGUGGCGCCUAUAAUAAAAUGGCUCAUUUGACUCAAGAGCAGCGGUGGAAAGGCGUCAUUGCGUGCUCCGCAGGCAACCAUGCGCAGGGUGUUGCCUUCUCUGCACGCAAAUUGCAGAUCCCCGCCACCAUCGUUAUGCCCUCUGGUACUCCCGCCAUCAAACAUUUGAAUGUUGCCCGCCUCGGCGGUAGCGUUAUUCUUCAUGGAAACGACUUCGAUGCGGCCAAGGAAGAGGCCAAGCGCCUGGAGCAGCAGCAUGGGUUAACGGACAUUCCUCCUUUCGACGACCCUUACGUGAUCGCGGGCCAGGGAACCAUCGGAAUGGAGAUCCUACGCCAGGCAAAUCUGCAAAAUCUAGAGGCGGUAUUUUGUGCGGUUGGUGGAGGAGGGCUGAUUACAGGCAUUGGGGUUUAUCUCAAACGCAUUGCACCUCAUGUAAAGGUGGUCGGGGUGGAGGCCAAUGAUGCUAAUGCCAUGGCCCAGUCUUUGGGUUCCGGCUCACGUGUGCAGCUCAAGGAAGUCGGGCUCUUUGCCGAUGGUGCCGCAGUCAAGAAUGUCGGGGAGGAGAAUUACCGGCUGGCCCGUGAAGUUGUCGAUGAAAUCGUCCAAGUCAGCACCGACGAGACGUGCGCUGCGAUCAAGGAUGCUUUUGAGGACACUCGGUCUAUUAUCGAGCCCGCGGGUGCCUUGGCUCUCGCCGGUCUUAAGAAAUAUGUUUCUCUGCACCCGAGCCCGGACACCAAGAGGGAACUGGUGGCCAUCACCUCUGGCGCGAACAUGGACUUUGACCGACUGCGAUUUGUUGCCGAGCGUGCCGCUCUAGGAGAGCGCAAGGAAGCGCUCCUGAGUGUCAAUAUACCGGAGAAACCGGGUGCGUUUGCCAAAUUGGUGGAGGUCGUUCUUCCUCAUGCGGUGACUGCGUUCAACUACCGCUCUGCGCAGGCCGAGUCCGCCGAUGUCCUGAUGGGCGUUUCCCUGUCAGCGGUGACUGGUCGGGAAGACUUGGCCAAGCUCAUGAAGGAGCUGGAGAGAGGUGGUAUGAGCACGAAGGACCUAAGUGACGACGAGCUGGCCAAACGACACGUUCGCUUCCUUGUCGGUGGACGCAGCAACGUGUCGGACGAGCGCUUGUUCAUGUUCGAGUUCCCAGAACGCCCCGGCGCCCUCGCGAAAUUCCUGACUACGCUCCGUCCGAACCAGAACAUCUCCCUGUUCCACUACCGUAACUAUGGUGGGGAUGUCGGCAAGGUACUUGCAGGAAUCCAAUGUCCUAGUCCCGAGAAGGAGGAAUUGGAAGCUUUCUUGAAUGAUUUGGGCUAUCCAUUCAGUGAGCAGACCGAUUCCCCGACAUAUCGCACGUUUCUACGCUCGCAAUAA